GAACAAUCUUACUUGCCUGCACAUAGCUCUGCUGGUCUAGCAGGUGUAUGCACCGGCAUCGCACAAGCUGUAACGUUAGUGACACCUCUGGAGAUGAUUAAAGUGCGACAACAAACAGAGUUGGUUACCCAUAAAAGUCAAGUAAGAAAAUAUACUGGCUUGAUUCAAACAGGGUCCCUCAUCAUACGUCAAGAAGGUGGAUUGAUGGCUACUGUCGCAAAACAAUCUUGGGGUUUAUUUGUCAAAUUCUCUGGAUACACCGAGAUCAAGGCCAUGUUUCAAAAAGCGUCUGGGAGAUCUGAUGAUACUUUACAACCAUGGCAGCAUAUGGCAAGUGGAGGUUUAGCCAAUGUACUUGUGGGUGUACUAAACUCACCGCCUGAUAUUGUAAAGACAAGAAUGCAAGAUGCUGGAAGACUAUACACAAGUACUUGGGAUUGUAUCAAGUCGAUGGCACGUCAAGAAGGAUUCAGAUCAUUUUUUAGAGGAUCUUGGCUUCGUAUUAUCCGCGUUGCACCAGGUAAUUUCUAG